CUCCAUUGCCCCAUUCAAGUCCUGUUUACUGCCCUCGGCUUUUAUCGAACAAUCAGUUGAACAACAUGUCUAGCUCCGCGAGGCAAUUUCGCACAGCAAAGAAAGUAGCUCACAUAUCAACCUUCCCUCUUAUGAAACUGCCGCGAGAACUACGCGACUGCAUCUAUGAGCUUGCUCUCGAGCCGCGAGCCGAAUUCUUGCACACGCGAUUAGAACAAAGUGACCCUGCGUACUGCCUGCCAACGAUGCCCUUCCCUCGAUCGGAUGACGAAGAGCAUGAUGAGCGAUCUGAGGACGACGACGACAACAGCGACGACGACACACACUGGGGGCAACUAAAGGCGAUUCUUGCGUUCAGGCUAUCUACGUUCCACCCGCUUCUGCUCGUCAGCCGCGAGGUCAACGCCGAGGUUAAGCGACUGUUGAAGAUCUUGAGGCCACGCUACCACUCAGCCGUAAAGUCAUCCAUCCACCUCCGCGGGAUGAAGUCCCCCCACCCGCUCUUCCUCUCUAUCUGCUCGCGCAGCCGCUUCGUCCUCGACUCCGACAUCUCCCACUCGUUGUUCUUCCUCCUGAGCCUGCCUCGCGUGAUACGACCCUUCAUCCGCAACGUGGUCAUCACCAUGGAGAAUCUUAUGGCCGACGACGCAGCGGUCCUGGGGGUGUGGUGCAGGCGCGACGACGGGUACUGCCACUUCACGCGGCUGCUGCGCGAGCAGCUCCCCGGUCUGCGCGAGAUAGCCCUGGCGGUGCCCGCGAGCAACAUGGAGUGGUACUGCGAGUGGUACUGCGAGUACGCGCCGCGGAUGGUGUGCGACAUGCUUGCCAAGCGCGAAGUCGACGUCGUGCGCUUCUUCUACCACAAAAGCCGAUCAGAGAAAUGCAUGUACUUAGAGGAUCUCGAGGGCGCUUCGGAAGAGGUUGCCAAAUCGGCUUGUUUUCGCUGCGAGGAGGUCCCGAGACGAUUCGACACGUAUGAGGAAGUUAGCUGGAGGAAUAUCAAGCAACACCCCGACUGGCGCAGAAUGGGAGUGAAUAGAGUAGUGAGGAUCACUAGGUGGAGCGAUACACGGCUCGGAAGCCCUACCAUCAAGCAGGUGGUCCGGUUCGAGCCUCUUGGGCCUUUAUAGCCCCGUACAGGGUCAGUUCACCAAUGAUAGUUCAGGU